AUGGGAAGCCUUAGCUGCCCAACUCUACAGACAGAGCCUGGGGUCGUUAUAGCCCAGCGCCUGCACAGUGCCCAGCACGUCGGAGGGACCAUUAGUGUUGGUGAGAUGGGGGAAGCAGCCACCAUCGGGAGAAUUCCAGGCCUGGCGUGGGGAGGAACCAGGCUCAAUGCCCACCUUCUCGGGCCUUGGGUGGUGUUUCGAGUGCUCCUGGGUCCUCUUGGGCAGCCCCACCCACCCCUCCCAUACUCACCCAGCAGUAACAGAGGAGGCUGUGCGCUUGCCACCAGGAGACUCGGCGGGAAUAGUGGUCAUUCCUUCCUUCCCGGCCGCAAAGCCUUCAUCCUCGCCAGGGCGGCUCUGAUCACGGGUGUCCACUUAGCCGUCCCUGAACUCCACCCCCAUCCUCCUCCACACAGCUCUCCCUGGCACCGUGUCAUCCAACAACGCAGAUCUCAGGGGCACUCAGGUCAGAGAGCCUUGCGCAGGCAGUCCGUACAGCAACGUCAGCCCAGGGGGAAGAGAGCAGGUGUGCCAGCGCUCCGGUGCUUCCGCGCCCCUUCUCCCAGUACAGCGCCUCCAUGCUGCCCCCCUUUCCUGGUAGGCCCUCCACCCGGUCGGUCCCCAGGUGAGCCAGGGGCUUUGAGCAUCUGUGCAGCACCUCCCAGGCGCCUGCGGAGGCCAGAACUCUCCCCGCACGGCGCAGGCCUCCCCCUCCCCCCGAGGACUAGCCGAGCGGCUGGACCCGGCGACGGAGCCUUAACCCCAUCUUUGCGGCACCAGCGACGCUGCGGACAGCUCCCCCCGGUGUCUCUCCGGAGCCCAGGGAGAUGGGGCGGCUGGGCCGGGGAUGGAGCGUCGGAGACCGCUGGGCUCCCGGGUCCCUGCGCCGAGGCUGUGUGACAGCAAGGAGAGGGCACGGCGGGCAGGCUCGCGUGUGCCAGCAAACUGCUGGGUCCCCCAGCCUCAGGCGAGAGGACUUGCGGGGUGGAGGAACGCUCCCCUUUCUGGCGUCCCCUGGGACAGCCUGACCUAGGCGCCACCCGCCACCCCGGGCAGCAUCUCGCAGGGGCUGCCUCGGCUCCCCCGGGCCGGCGCCCCUGACCAGGCGGGCCAGGAAGCGUCGGUCCCCGCCCCGCUCCUUUAGGCCCGCGCGGCCGGGGGACUUUGGAGCCGAGGAGGAAGCGCGGCGGGGCGGGGAGGUGGGGGUGUGUCGCAAGGCGGCGGCGGCGGCGGGGUUUUAUAAUCC